UUGCUGAAAGAUAAACACCGAACGCAAAGAAAGUAUAUUUAUGGUAAAAAAUUAUAUAAGUACUCCAGGUGUAUGUAAAAAGAUUGCCCCAAGUUCAAAGGUCCGUAUAGAGUUUGCAAACUACUUCCUAAUUACAGAUAUUUACUAAGAGAUGACGAGGGAUUAAAAGGUAUAAUUAUAAAUAAAAGGGGGUGCCAGUAAUAUAUGCGGCCAUAUUGUGAACAAAGUAAGGCUUUCCAGAGGAAUAUACAGAAGAUACAUUUCCACAAUUCCUUUAUAAUUUUUUAAUUUAUCAGCUGUCUGCAGCUACGAUGUGGAGUCUAUUCGCUGUUGAUAUGAAGUAUGCAUUAGAAGAACACGAACAGCAUCGCCUUUGUAAAUCAUCGGCAUAUAUGAAUCUACAUUUUCGCGUAAAAUGGCUCUACAGUAAUUAUGUUAAAGAGGUGCCACCAUAUAAGGGUGCAGUUCCCGAAUAUCCAGCCUGGUUUGAGCCUUUCGUCAUGCAAUGGUUAAACGAAAAUGAUGACGUGUCCUUAGAAUAUUUGCAUGGUGCAUUCAACCGUGAUAAGAAAGAUGGGUUCCAAAAGAGCAGCGAGCAUGCGUUAUUUUCCAACUCAGUUGUUGAUGUAUUUACACAAUUAACACAAUGUUUCGAUGUUGUUAGCAAACUCGAAUGUCCGGAUCCAGAAAUCUGGAAGCGUUACAUGAGGCGUUUUGCUAAAACAAUCGUAAAAGUACUGAUUGCAUAUGCCGAUAUCGUCAAGAAAGAGUUUCCUGAUCAUAUGAAAGAUGAAAGAAUUGCAUGCAUACUCAUGAAUAAUAUACAGCAACUGAGAGUUCAAUUAGAAAAAAUGUUCGAAUCAAUGGGUGGAGAUAAGCUAGAAGAAGAUGCUGCUAAUAUACUAAAAGAAUUACAGCAGAACCUAAAUAUGGCUUUAGAUGACUUGGCAUCACAGUUUGCUGUCAGCCUUGAGCCACGUAUAACACAGUCCGUUCGAGAGUUAGGAGAUCUACUACUUUCUGUUAAAGGAGGUAAUAAUAUGAAUUUCAAUCAAACUGCACAAGGAAAUGUUGUUGCAGUUGAAGCUGAUGAGGUCCUCCGACCACUGAUGGAUUUGCUGGAUGGUUCAUUAACACUUUACGCUCAAUCCUGCGAAAAAACUGUACUUAAACGGUUGCUCAAAGAGUUAUGGAAAAUUGUUAUGCGUAUAUUAGAGAAGACGAUCGUGUUACCUCCAAUGACUGAUAAAAGCAUGAUGUUUAAACAUCUAACGGAUAAUGCCAAGAACCUUGCUUCGAAUGCUAAAAUUGAAGAUAUGGGAAGAUUGUUCAAAAGUCAUAUGUCUGGCAAACAAGAUGUUAAGAGUGCUCUUAGCGGUGUUAUGGAUAUUUCCAAGGAGGUCGAAAAAAAUUUGUCACCUAAACAAUGUGCUGUAUUAGAUGUUGCCUUAGAUACCAUCAAGCAAUAUUUCCAUGCUGCUGGUAAUGGACUGAAAAAAACAUUCCUUGAGAAGUCGCCAGAAUUACAAAGUUUACGAUACGCUUUAAGCUUAUACACCCAAAUGACAGAUACACUUAUCAAAACUUUUAUCUCCAGUCAAGUACAUGAAAUUGAUCCGGAAAAUCAAGAGGAAAGUGUUGGUGAAAUAUCAGUACAAAUUGAUCUUUUCUCUCAUCCCGGUACUGGCGAGCACAAAGUUAAUGUAAAAGUUGUCGCUGCAAACGAUAUAAAAUGGCAAAUAGCGUCAGGAAUGUUUCGUCCAUUUAUUGAAAUUAAUUUGAUCGGACCACAUUUACAGGAUAGGAAACGAAAAUUUGCAACAAAGUCCAAGUCGAACAAUUGGUCGCCAAAAUAUAAUGAAACAUUUAAUUUCACGAUUGGCAACGAGGAGCAGUUGGAGUUUUUUGAAUUGCAUAUCUGUGUUAAAGACUACUGCUUUGCUAGAGAAGAUCGCUUAGUUGGUGUUGCAGUUAUACCAUUAAAAGACAUAUCGGAAAAGGGUUCGGUUGCUUGUUGGCUACCCCUGCAACGUCGUAUACAGAUGGAUGAGACGGGUUGGACGAUUUUACGCAUUUUAUCACAACGUAAUAAUGACGAAGUCGCCAAAGAGUUUGUGAAACUUAAAUCAGAAAUACGUCAGGAACCUCUAGUUGGGACAUAACUCAGUUAGAAUAACCAGAAAACUAAUUAAAAUAAAUCUUUAUUUAAUUAUGUAAGCUGAAGGAUAGCAUUCAAUGUAAAAAAUAUUAAU